UUCUGUUACAAUUCAGCAACAUGAAGGUACAGCUGCUUGUUUUGAUUGCUUGCGUUGGCUUUGCGCUGGCCAGUGAGGCCGCUGCUCCGGAGCUGCCCUCGGACUUGGAACAGCCCGACCAGGAUCUGGCUUUCCAACAGGCAAGACCAGCAGGUCCGGUGCCGUUGGCUCCUCUCGAAGACGCCGAACAGCCGCAGGAACAAGAGGAACCAGCCCAAGAAGAAGCCCAGGAGGAAGAUGUUCAACCGGAAGAGGAUUCCGAUGAAGAAGCCUCCGAGGACUCCGAUGAAAGUGACGACAGCGAACAGAAGGUGCUUGACUUGUUGGAGAAAAUGAACGAACAGCAGCAGGAACUGGACUUCUUGAACCGUUACUUGGUCGGACGCCUUGCACCGAUUGACCGUCGUCGCCGCCCGUGGAUCGGCAGACCCUUCUUCCCUCGGCCGCGCCCAAGGUUCUUUUUGUAGACAUUUGUAAACUCCACACAAAAGACGCACACACACACACGGAAUGCUGAAGAGCAGCAGUAGAUAGAUACCCUCCCUAUCAAAAUAAAUGGUUCGUUUUCCGCAA